GUCAGUACUAAAACAGAGGUUCCUCAUUCGUCCGCAAGAGUGCAGCGCGGUUGGGCAUUAAGCAUGGCGCCACCCAGAAAGAGGAAACGUGUAUCGGCUGAUGAGGAAUCUGAUUCCGAUGACGAAAGAGAAAAUGCCCUCCCAACUGUGCGUUCAUCGGAUGAACCUCCGCCAAAAAAGACCAAGUGGAUUAACCGGCAACGCGUGCUGGUGUUUGCAAGUCGAGGUAUUACGUUUUUGCAGCGCCAUUUCAUGGAGGACCUCAGACGACUUCUGCCGCACAGCAAGCCCGAAGCAAAGAAGGAAAAAAAAGAGUCACUGAUUGCCAUAAAUGAGAUCUGCGAGAUGAAGAAUUGCAACAAGUGUAUGUACUUCGAGGGCAAAAAAAAGCAGGACCUCUACCUAUGGAUGAGCAAUGUUUCACAGGGUCCUUCCAUGAAAUUCCUUGUUGAGAAUAUUAACACAAUGAAAGAAUUGAAGCUAACAGGGAAUUGCCUCAAAGGAUCAAGGGCCCUUCUGGCCUUCAAUGAAGAAUUCAACUCAGCCCCUCAGUAUUGUCUAAUGAAAGAGAUGCUGACUCAGGUGUUUGGAACUCCUCACCACCAUCCCAAAAGCCAGCCAUUCAUUGACCAUGUCUUCACAUUCUGUAUAGUGGACAAACGAAUCUGGGUACGGAAUUACCAGAUCUGCGAGGAAGAUGGCUCUUUGAUUGAGAUUGGCCCAAGAUUUGUGUUGAACCCAAUCAAGAUUCUGGAGGGAAGCUUAUGGGGACAGACACUGUGGGAAAACCCUGACUAUGUCUCACCCAACAUUCGAAGGAGGAUGCUGAAAAUUGCCAAGUCAGGUCGCUACAUGGACAAGCUCAUGCAAAAGAAAUCAUUGGAGAAGAGGCGACCAGCUGUUUCCUAUCCUGUUGACAAAAGCAUGGAUGUGUUCAGCAGUUAAUUUUCAAAUUCUGUGACUUGGC